GCUUGACAUGCACCUACUGCCUUCCCCCGACAAUGCUGAGAUUCUUUUGGGAAUAGAGUGGACAUUCCUCUCUGGUCGAUGUCCUGAGUUUAGGACCUCGUAAUCAAGACAAAUAUCCUUUCCACCUAAGUCGUAGGCUAGGCUUAGCGGAGUAUCGUGUGCGUGUUAUGCAGCAGAAGAGUUGAAACACGGAGAUCUAGCUCAAAUUAUCCUUCCAAGGUGCUGCGACCAUUCAUUCCACCCACCUGUUUUGUGGACAGAGCUAGAGAGAGAGAGAGAGAGAGAGGUAGAGACAGAGAGAGGAUUUCCAACACCUGGAUUUACUGAUUGUUUGCAGAGAAGCUGAGGAGUGUAUCUGCUGGACGCCAGGCAGGGAGUGCUCCCGUUGGUAUAGUGACCAGUGACGGAGAUAUCGCUGGGAGGACAAUAUGACGUCGUGGUGCGUUGCGAUAUUGGUAUUCAGUACUGCAGUAUCGUCCGUGACUGCCGUGCAAUAUGUCGCCCACUAUAAUUGCAACGAUGGAGGGCUUUAUUUUGUAAGCAACAGCGCCUGGAUCGGAACUGAUUCAUCAGGUGCAGAAGCCAGGUGUACUACUGCUGGUGCUACAAUCGUGACAAUGUCUGAUAUCACUGGAACCUGUGCUCAGUCCUAUAUCGCUUACAUCACCACCCUGCAAAAAAGAUCCAUUUCCGUUUGGAUAUCGGACGGAAGUGGAGGUGUUACCUGCUAUCCCAAGGUGACACCGUGUCCAGCCGGUGAUGUUGUCAUGUGUAAAAACAUCAGAGCUGAUGCAGUGUCACCACCAAGUACACACUGUGGUACCGACCUAUCUCCUGUAGCAAACGGAACUCUCACCUAUCCAAGUGGAGAUGUAUUUCCUUCGCAGGCCUUCCUCGUUUGUAAUUUGGGAUAUACAAAAAGUUCUGUUAAUUGGUACGCAGAUUGUGGGGGCAGUGGCUCGUGGCAAUUAACGACAGGUCCUCAGAUGUGCAACGCUAUCGUGUGCACUGCGCCUAUAAUAACGAAUGGAUUGGUUACUGGUACUGCACCAGUAUUCAAUGUAACCUGCAAUGCUAACUUCGGCAUCGUGGGUAGUCCCACAGUGACAUGUACAAGUGUAGCCACGACAACAACAGUCCCGACCUGUAACCCGAUUUGCCCGAUCCUCAACAUUCCCAAUGCCAAUUACAGCACAGCGAACCAACUCGUUGGUACAAAUGUCAAUGUCACUUGCAAUAGCGGAUUUGAAAUGUUUGGUCCUCAAACCGUCACCUGCCAGGCAUCUCAGUUAUGGACAACCAUUCCAGAAUGUGAAGCUAUUGUCUGCAAGACCUUGCCUACAAUCAACAAUGGCGGUGCAACAGCCAGCAGCAUGACAAAGUAUGGUGUACUACACGUCCACUGCAACACCGGCUAUAAGUUGUCGGGAAUGGCAACUUCCAAAUGCCUGUCUACUGGCUCCUGGGAAAUUCCCAUAGCCAGCUGUACCGAGAUCACAUGCACUUCUCCAACAACAGCACCAGCAAAUGGUGCUGUAACCACUGGUACCAAUACACUUUCAUCAGUACUUCAGUACAGUUGCAACGAAGGUUAUCAAUUGAGUGGAACGAGUUACACAGUAUGUCAAGCCGAUGGGUCUUGGUCAACUGCCAAUCCAAUGUGCACACAGAUUACAUGUCCUUUGGCUACGCCACCUCCAGUAAGCGGCACUGUGUCCAGUUCUGCAAACACCUAUUUAUCAUCUCGUCAGUACUCCUGCAUGACCGGAUAUAUGCUGACUGGUAGUACAGAUACGGUUUGUUUGUCAAAUGGAAAAUGGUCCGGCACUCAGCCCACGUGUUCAAUAAACAUAUGCCGGAUUCUAUCGGCCCCUACCAAUGGAUAUGUCUACGUGGAUGACUUAACUUUUGGUUCAAAGGCAAGUUUUAGCUGCAAUGUUGGAUAUCGGUUAACGGGCGCGUCAAGUGUUACGUGUCUCACCAGUCAGAGCUGGUCUGCAAUCAGUCCAACGUGUACAAAGAUCACUUGCCCUUCUCCACCAGCAGCACUGACAAAUGGUGCUGUGUCCAGCGGAACUAAUACAUUUUCAUCAGUGCGUCAGUACAGUUGUAUGGAAGGUUAUCAAUUGAGUGGUACGAGUUACACAAUAUGUCAAGGCGACGGGUCAUGGUCAACUGCCAAUCCAAUGUGCACACAGAUCACUUGCCCUUCUCCACCAGCAGCACUGACAAAUGGUACUGUGUCCAGCGGUACUAAUACAUUUUCAGCAGUGCGUCAGUACAGUUGUAUGGAAGGUUAUCAAUUGAGUGGUACGAGUUACACAAUAUGUCAAGCCGACGGGUCAUGGUCAACUGCCAAUCCAAUGUGCACACAGAUUACAUGUCCUAUGGCUACGCCACCUCCAGCAAACGGCACUGUGUCCAGUUCUGCAAACACCUAUUUAUCAUCUCGUCAGUACUCCUGCAUGACCGGAUAUAUGCUGACUGGUAGUACAGAUACGGUUUGUUUGUCAAAUGGAAAAUGGUCCGGCACUCAACCCACGUGUUCAAGAAUUCUGUGUCCGGCACCAAUCCCUCCAGUAACAAAUGGUGGUGUAGAGAUGGGAGGGACCACAUAUUUGACAGUGCGAGGAUUUUUUUGUAACCCAGGCAAAGCACUCAGUGGAAGUAGGUACACUGUUUGUCAGGCUGAUGGAACAUGGUCAACAGCAAGUCCAAUUUGUACAGAAAACAUAUGCCGGACUCCACUGACGCCUAUCAAUGGAUAUGUCUACAUAGAUGACACGACUGUUGGUUCAAAGGCAAGUUUUAGCUGCAAUGCUGGAUAUCGGUUAACGGGUGUGUCAAGUGUUACAUGUCUCACCAAUCAGACCUGGUCUGCAAUCAGUCCAACGUGUACAAACAUCACCUGCCCAGUGCUGGCUACACCACCCAAUGCAAUAGUAUCUGCUGGCCCAGUGGAUUUCCAGGCCAAACGUACAUUCUCCUGCAGUGAUGGAUAUACCCUGUCGGGGGAUUCACAACUGGUCUGUCUGUUGAAUGGAUCUUGGUCUGCCCCACUUCCAAACUGUUCCAGAGUACCAGAAUGCCCUCAGCUAAUUGUUACUAACGCAGUUGUGUCAGGAGGCUCAACUAGAGUUAACGGUAUUCGCAACAUCACAUGCAAUGGCGGCUUUGAGCUUUCGGGUCACUCGUUGGUAACAUGUCUACCCAGUGGGGAGUGGACUACCUUGCCAGUUUGCAAUCGGGCGCCUGAAUGUCCACUGUUAAGUGUUAGCAACGGAAUCGUGUCAGGGGGCUCAAAUACAGUGAACAGCAUCCGCAGCAUCACAUGUAAUGCCAACUUUGACCUCUCGGGAAACUCAAUGGUCAUAUGUCUAGCCACCGCAGCUUGGUCGUCAACUCCUGUGUGCAAUCCAGUGGCAGAAUGUCCCAUGCUCACUGUUAGUGAUGCGGUACUGGCUGGCAGCUCAAAUACAGUGACAGGGGUUCGCAAUAUCACAUGUAAUGCCGGCUUCGAGCUUUCCGGUAACUCAAUGGUCACAUGUCUUCCCGGUGCGGUGUGGUCUUCCACACCAUCUUGCAAUCGAGUUGUGCAGUGUGGCUCACUGCAAGUGUCCAAUGGAAAGGUCUCGGAUGGAGAGAACACUAUCGGCAGUGUGCGAACGGCGACAUGCAAUCUUGGAUACGAGCUGGGCAGUGAUCAGACGGCAGUGUGCUUGGCGAAUGGCAAUUGGUCUAGCAACCCCGUGUGUACUGUGAUAGCAACAACUGUGCCGCCUACCGUUCAAGGAGCAACAGAAGCCUCGUCGUUCUUCAGUCAGAGCGGCAGUGUUGCUCUCAUCGCUGUGAUUGCAGUCCUAGCCGUGCUUCUUAUACUCGCCAUCGUCGGAAUCAUCGUAAUGCGGAGACAGUCGCCAGACCGUAAAGGCGAAAUGACUGUCACGUUCAACAACAAGGGAAUCGACGGGGAGGUCGCCACGGUCUCCGAAACGCCACAGUUGUCCAAAAUGCCUCGAUCCGACCCCUCGGGUGUGAGUUUGUAUGCCACACCAGCGAAGAAUAGCCCGGCGCCUCAGAGCAAGCAGGACAUCACCUACGCAGCCGUGGAGUUCGGCGGGGGUGCCAGGAAGAACACGGUGGUCGCUCCCAACCCCCGCACCGAUGACACCACCAUGUACAGUGACGUGACAUUUAAAGCCCCUACUUCUUAGGUUACUCACGCAGUUGCUAAGAGCUUGGCUGAAUGUGUGAAGCAAAGUACGCGUCCCUUAGGGUACGUACUGUAUAUGAAUUUCAUUUCAGUAGUCUCCUUGUGUUUGUGUUUAAUUAGAGUAUGAAAUGUAUGACAUCAUGUAUGACAUCAUGUAUGACAUCAUGUCAGUUAAACUAGGAUAUGUGUGUGCAAAAAAAUGUUAUCAUACCUCUACAGAUUUCUGAUAGUAGACUGAAGCUAACAGUCUUGGCAUGUCCAUCGCAUGUCCCGUUUUCUCUCUCACAUGUAUUCAGGCUUGCGUUGUGCAUCUUUUGUAAUGACAUCAGCAAGGUGUUGGCAGGAAAAGAAUUGUGGCUCUCUUUGUUGGAAUUUUCGUUCAAGUAUGGCGGUUCUCUGCUGAUUUAUACUAUUUUUUUACAUAAUUGUUUUCUUCCAACUCCUACUGGAGUCCUCCCCAAUCCAUUGGUGUCGAAAUUUAAAAAUUCCAUAUGUCCAAUUAUUUCAAGUCCCUAAAACUUCGAAAUCUUCGAAAUGUAGAAAUAUUCUAGGUCAUAUUUCCUUAAAUGGCUAUUAUUCCAAUGUAGAGAAAUAUUUGCUUUGUGAUACA